AUGGGGAUAGAGUUUUUUCUUGUGGUAAACAAACAGGGCCAGACACGUCUGGCGCAGUACUCGUCCUUUAUGUCGAUUGCUGAGCGUACCGCUCUUGAGGGCGAAGUUGUUCGAAAAUGUCUACAACGACGAGAAUCGGAUUGUAGUUUUGUUGAGCAUCUGCAUUAUAAACUUAUCUAUCGUCGCUAUGCCUCCAUCUUCUUUAUUGUUGGCAUUAAAAACAAAAGCAUCUUUUCUACGUCGGCAAACGCCAAUGGUGGGGCGGCGGCAGGGAAUUCCUUAGGUGGUGCGCCAGUGGCACCUUUGGGGGAAACUGGCAGCGGCACUGACGAAUUGCUGGAGGAAGGGGAGUUGGCGAUCUACGAAUUUAUCCAUCUUGUGGUGGAGACAUUUGAUAAAUACUUUGAGAACGUCUGUGAGCUUGAUGUCAUGUUUAAUGUCGAGAAGGCUCACUUUAUUCUUGAGGAGAUGCUUGUAAAUGGGGGAAUAGGGGAGACGAACAAGCUCCUAAUUCUGCAACCAAUAGUGCUGAUGGACAAAGAGCCUCGUAAAUUGUAA